CUUUGGCUGAACUCCACAGCGGCGAUCGCGAAAGUAGCUAUAAAACCCUGCGCUGCAAUAUAAGACCGUCAGCCUCGUCGAUGCUGGCCAUCUGAACGGUCUCCCCUAUGGCUACCCGGCUUAGCAGCUCUUCCACCUCUUCCCACCGGCAUUCACUCUCAGCCCAGGACCGAAAGGUUCGGCCAGUAGGAUCGUCCUCGCGUGUAGGCCGGCCAAUCCGCUUUGUAGGCGAUCUGGGCCGAAAGUACGCCCGCAAAGAUCGCAGGCCAUUGGACCCGCCACCGGUCGUCCAGUUUCAAUUAUUCGAGGUGUUGCACGCCGAUACGCCGUCGCAAACCGAACGAGAGUUCGAGGAUUACGACGCAAUCAAGAGCUUCGGCGUCCUCUGUCACGUUGACCUCUUCCCGGUUCCAGACCAAGAUGGAGACGAGUCUGAUGGCAGCGAAGAAUCAACGUCCUCACAGUCGCAGGCGAGUACAAGCACCUUCCACCCCCAGGCCUUUCCUGCCCCCUCGCCUGCGCCGGGACCGUCCCGGGCCAGCUCAAAUCCGUACCAUUCAAUCUACUCGCCUCCACCUUCGCCCGGCUCCUAUUUCAUGCCUCAGCUCAUGCCGUCAUCGCUGGCUCACCACAUCCAAUCGAUCCCCGCACCGCUCCCGCCGCCCGACAUCUUCCCCUAUCCGCUUCCGACGACCACGGCGGCGCUGCUGCAGUCGUUCACCAUGCCCGUAGCAGCGCCGUUACCACCUUUAGCGCCAGAGUUGUCCCUCAACCUCCCAGGAGCGUCCUAUGAUCUUAUGCAAACGCAGAUGAACCAACACUCAAGACACGGUGACGCGUCUCCCAUGCACGGGCAGUCGCAUUCUGGGCCUCUCGACCCCGACAUAGUUGCCUACAUGGGCGACUUUGCGAUCCGAGAGAGCUCGAAAUGCACCGCGGACCUGGUGGGCGCAACCUUCGUGCAGUCCUCCGGCCUGGAGUACAAGGGCAAGAAGGCACUCAUGUUUGUGUUCUCGGAUCUCGCAGUGAAGACGGAGGGGACGUUCAUACUGCGCUACCGCGUGUUCAACAUAUUCUCCCAAGCGUCUGGGAUUGACGUACCCAUUCUCGCGCAAUGCUUUGGUGGGCCGUUCAAGAUCUACCCGAGCAAAGAGUUCCCGGGCCUGCGCGCCUCAACGGACCUCACGAAGCACAUAUCCCAUUUCGGGGUACGGCUGAACCUGCGUGAGACCGAGCGCAAGCGACGGCGACACAGCGAGAGCUCGGCGGAUAGGUCACAAGAUAGCGCGCCGCCGUCUUCGGGCGAGACGUCGUCCAAGUCACCGAAUUCGACGUCCUCCGGGACGACAAGUGAUCGCAGCGAGUCCCGUGGCAAGGGCAAAGAUCGCGCAUACGACAUAGACGGCAUCAGCGAGACAAGCAAGGACGACUGACGAUGCACCAAGGCAACUACACCGCCGCUUCACGGGUACCUAUGUGUCUUCAAUCGGGGUUUGUGCUCAGGUUUUCCGUACACGCUUGCAACAGGUCUUGGCCAUAGGUUCGGACAUCCAAGAGCACUGGGGAUCUAGGAUCAAUUGUAGAACAGCAUAUCUUACACACGGGUAAUACUCCUCGUCUGGGCAAGUCUUGAUACACGGACGCACGGACUGCCGAUGGAGUCGAGUCCAGGCUGGUUCUUGGGAGGCUCCUCGGGAUACGUACCUAACCGUAUAUCGGGUAAUCCGCUCUCCAUCCGCGCAGCAUAUACGGACGUGUGGAUGGAGGGAUAGACAACGUGCGCGGGGGCGAAGUCCAGGCGAGAUUCUUCAUGGUGUGCUUGAUAGUUGUAUUACUUUACCAUCGUGUAUCCAUACUACACUUGCAUUUGUAAUACGCGCAGCCGAAUAAUGUCUCAACGCAGUGCAU